GGAGUGAAGACGGAGAAGUGGAGUCAGUGGGGACAGACGGACGGAGGAGAGAGGAGACACUUUCUGGGGAUAUAACUCCACGACUUUAAAGAAAAAGAAAGAAGGAAAGAAAGUUGUGUGGAAUAAUGGAGCUCCGUCGUGUCAACCUGUUCUUGUUUUUAUUUAUUAACCAAGUAUUUACCAGCCUUCAGUCCAAAGAACAAAUAUUGCUGGAUAUGAACGCUUCAGGAUCAGAGUUGGGGUGGUUGACGAUGCCAUAUGAGAACGGAUGGGAGAUAGUCCAGACAGUGGUGAACGGCUCACUUUUCUAUACCUAUAGUGUUUGUAGCAUAGACUCUACUGAACAGGAUAACUGGCUACGCACAACGUUCAUCCAGCGGCGCCCGGGGACCACACGUGUCUCUGUGGAGCUCCGUUUUGUUGUGCGAGACUGCAACACUUUUGAAGGUGCCUCAGUCGCCUGCAAAGAAACCUUCAACCUUUUCAUCUCAGAGGCUGAUGCCGACGUGGGGACCAACUUCCGUAAAGGCCAGUUCCGCAAAGUGGCCACCAUCGCUCCUGACGAGGUCACACGGGGUCGCGUGCUGAAGGUCAACACAGAGACGAGGACCGUGGGGCCUCUGUCUAGAAAGGGCUUCUACCUGGCUUUUCAGGACAUGGGCGCUUGUGUGGCGCUUCUGUCUGUCAGAGUGUACUACAAGACAUGCCCGUCCACAGUGCAGAGCUUGGCGGCCUUCCCGGAGACCGUGGCGGAUUCCCUCAGAGAGGUGGAGGGAGCCUGUGUGCAGAAUGCCAUCAGUCAAGCCACCCCACGCAUCUACUGCACAGCUGAGGGUGAAUGGGUGGUUCCCGUGGGCCAGUGCCAAUGUCUGGCAGGCUACGAAACCACCGGGGACGCCUGCCAAGCAUGUAAACCAGGCUACUUCAAGCCAUCUCUAUCCAACAAGUUUUGUCAGGUUUGUCCUGAUAACACCAAACCCUCCAGAGCCGGCGCCACUGAAUGUGAAUGUGAGGAAGGUUUCUUCCGCUCCCCUUCAGACCCUCCAACGUCAGCCUGCUCUGCUCCACCAAGUGCCCCUCGCGACCUGAGCGCCACCACCCUGUCAGCAGAUGGAAGGCUGCAGCUGUCCUGGAGCCCACCGCUGGUGACCGGGGGCCGCAGUGACCUCACCUACAGUGUGGUUUGCGAGCACUGCGACGGGGCCCUGUGCGUCCCCUGUGGCGAGAAGAUCCGUUUUGAGUCGGGUCCUACAGACCUGCACGAUGCCAUGGUCAUAGUCAAUGACCUGGAUUCUCAUCUCAACUACACGUUCACGGUGGAGGCUCACAGCGGUGUGUCCCAGUUCGGUACUGAGAGGCCCACUGCGAGCAUCACCACCACCCUGGACUAUACAGAUCCCCCCAAGGUGACGUUGAUCCAUCUGGAUGAUCGCACCCCCACCAGUCUGUCUCUGUCCUGGACUCUGUCUCGCAGGCCUCCAGCCCACAUCAAUCACCGCUAUGAGCUUAUGUACCGCAGAAAAGAUGAUGAUGACGAGCGUGAUGUGACCACCUACACAGUCCUGAUUUUGGAGAAAGAUUCAGUACAGAUUAACGACCUCACCCCAGACACUACUUACAUGUUCAGGGUCCAGGCACUGAGUCCUGAUGGUAGCCCCGGCAGCUACAGUGUGGAGCACGAGUUCCAGACUUCACCAUUAGCCGAGUCUCAGAUCCAAAACAACGCCACCAUGGUGAUGGGAGCUAUAGUUGGAGUAGCGGUUAUUCUGCUCGUUGUGGUGGCUGUCCUGCUGUUGCGUAAACGGAGACUGAGCACUCGUGGCAGGGGAGGACCUGAAGAUCCCUACUUUUCAACAGAUCAACUCAAGCCUCUGAAGACGUAUGUUGAUCCACAUAUGUAUGAGGACCCUAACAUUGCCAUCCAGAAGUUUGUCACAGAAAUUGACCCAAGUGCCGUCAGCAAACAAAAAGUCAUCGGUGUUGGAGAGUUCGGGGAAGUUUUUCGGGGUGUGAUGAAGACUCCCGGGCGCGGCGAGGUGGCUGUGGCGAUUAAGACCUUGAAGCCGGGGUACUCAGAAAAACAGAGGCAGGACUUUUUGAGCGAGGCUAGCAUCAUGGGUCAGUUCUCGCACCCGAAUAUCAUCCGCCUGGAGGGAGUUGUCACCAAAUUCAAGCAUAUCAUGAUAGUGACAGAAUACAUGGAAAACGGAGCCCUCGACAUAUAUCUGAAGGACCGUGAUGGAGAGCUUCCGUGCUAUCAGCUCGUCGGGAUGCUGCGUGGAAUAGCUGCCGGCAUGAAAUACCUCUCUGACAUGAGCUACGUCCACCGUGACCUGGCAGCAAGAAACGUUCUGGUUAACAGCAACCUGGAGUGUAAGGUGUCUGAUUUUGGUCUGUCUCGUGUGCUGGAGGAUGACGCUGAGGGCACCUAUACAACAAGAGGAGGUAAAAUCCCCAUUCGCUGGACGGCCCCGGAGGCCAUCGCAUACAGGAAAUUCACUUCAGCCAGCGACGUGUGGAGUUUCGGGAUCGUCAUGUGGGAAGUCAUGGCAUUUGGAGAACGGCCCUACUGGGACAUGAGCAACCAUGAGGUCAUGAAGGCUAUCAACGAGGCCUUCAGGCUUCCUGCUCCGAUGGACUGCCCAUCCGCUAUCUACCAGCUCAUGCUCCAGUGUUGGCAGCACGACCGCCCCAAACGUCCUCGCUUUUCAGACAUCGUCAACAUUUUGGACAAACUGCUCCGAAGCCCAGAGUCUUUGAAAACCAUCGCUGACUUUGACCCACGCGUGUCCAUCCGCCUGCCCAGCACCAGCGGCUGUGACGGCACCAUGUUCAGGUCGGUGCCUGAGUGGCUGGAGUCCAUCAAAAUGAGCCAGUACAACGAGAGCUUUGCUCGCGCUGGGAUCACGACCAUGGAGCAGGUGCUCGCCUUGAGGCAUGAAGACAUCAGGAAUAUUGGAGUACGGUUGCCUGGUCACAUGAAGAGGAUAGCAUACAGCAUCCUGGGUCUGAAAGAUGAAACCAGCUCCCUCAGCGUGUUUGCUGUGUGAUCUAAGCAUUCCUCCAAAUCAAAGUGCACUGACCGACCAUGCCAUUUCACUCAUGGAGAAGGACUGAAGUAGGGAGGGGAGUGAGGGGGGGUGAAACUGAGCUACGCUGCAGGUUGUUUUUUCUUUUUUCUGUGGCGCAGUGUGGCACGACUGAAGAGGACCCUCCAAGCCACUCAGAAAGGACUGAGAUCGAAAACACUUAUGUACUUUAUGAUAACAGAAGGCGGAUAAUUUAUCUAUAUGUAAAAAUGUCUUAUAUGUUGAACAUAAACAAGUGCAGAAUGUGAGACAAUGUGAGAGUGCUUGGCUCAUAUUUACUGACUGACUGAAAAAUGUAACGCUCUAUAUGAUUAAGGGCUUUUUCUUCCAAGCACUCACUUUAUCCUGCCAGUGUGUCUGGAUUCUACAGUUUUUGUAAUCAGUCAGACUUAUUUGUAUAUUUGGAAUGAUUAUUCCACUCAGGGCAAAGAAUCAUACAUUCUUAUGUUUUGUAGUUGUAGUCUCUGUAUCACAUAAUGCAUUUCCUCAACAUGUUUACAUCAUGUCUUAAAACAACUGUCCAUUUUUAUUUAAUAUUUAUUUUAUUUUAUAUUUAUGUCAUUUGUUACAUGAGAAAUAACUCUGGUGCAUGUUUGCCAGGAGGUAUAUUUUUGUGUCUAAAUAAAAUCAGCGUUUCUUUGUGA